AUGGAAAAGUUGGUCUUGGGUAAGACUCACUUCAAACCUACGGGUGAGGGUAGCGGUAUGCUUGGGAUGCCCGGAGACAUGACACCCACUUCAAGGUUUGUACGUGCUGCGAUUUUGGCCAACUUCGCUGGUCCAGUCAAAACAAGCAAGGAGGCAGUUAAGAUGGCUUACCAUAUUCUAAAUACUGUCGACAUUCCACACGGAGUGAUUUCUGACCACAAGCACCAGGGCCUCGCAGACUACACCUCCUGGGCGGUGGCUAAGGACCUCACGAACAACGCUCUCUAUUUCCGUACUUACGAAGAUCUAACCAUCCGCGUGGUGUACCUGGACAACGUGCAGGCAGGAAGAAAGCUCAAAAUCAAAAUGGCGUCUCCGACUGAUGGGUUUAAGGAUGUCACCGGUGACAUGGUACCCGCUGAAGCACACACCGAACUGUGAAGACUUCUGGUAGGGACUUCAGCAACGAGUUAGUCCUAAUCGAAACCGAAAAGAAAAAAAAGAACGAACUGGACAAAGAAUCUUUAAACCUUAACCUUCAAUUUAAGGAAACACCCUAUGUUAUAUAUUUUAUUGUCACAAACUGAUCGGAACACGAAAGCAUAUCUUGUAAAACAAUAUUUUUUCUAGUCAACAUAGACAUGCACAUGAGAAUACCGUACUCUUAAACUUCUUACCAAUUUGACAGCGGCAGUAGAGAACUUGCACAUGUCGGUAACGUGACCUAGUUCCUGUAAUUCAAAUCCCUGAACAAUUUUGAUAAUAAAAAGUUGAAGCAGAUAACUCGAUUGGAUGGUGUUGUUAGUAGUGUUGUGUUCACAAAAAGAGAAGGGAGAAAAAACAAGGGGGUCUAUUCUCCUGUUGGAAGAAAGAAGUUUUGUUGUUCUCGAAGUGCUUUGUUACAACAACAAUAACAAAAAUAACAAAAAUACUUU